AUUAAGAAAUUCCCUUUUUUUGGUUUUUUCUUCUUUUUCCCGUUUCCUUUUUCAUCUUCCUUCCUUUUGCUCCUGUAAAUCCUAACACCUGAAACCACCUUCGAAUUUCCUCACCAAAUCAAUUCAUCUUUCUUUCCCUUGACUUUCCUCACCCCUUUCUCUUCCAGAUCUGCUGGGUUCUUAAAGCUGCUGGGCUUCAUUUCUUUCUUUUUUUUUUGGUUAAAAAGAAGUGAGCGAUUGAUCGGAAUAGAAAGAGAAAGACAUUGGGCUCUUCACCACCGUUUUCUCACUAGAAAUUCUGGAAAUUUAGGGUUUCAAUCUCUGGUUAUACAAGUUUUCUUCGAAAUCUAGGGUUUUUGCAGUGACGGAAUUUGGGGGUUUGAUCUGGCAAGAACCAGAGGAAAGGGUUGAGAAGGGGGAGACAAAAAGAUGAGUUUGUAUUCGGUGCCGUCGAAUUCUCAUGGGAACCUGGACGAGCAGAUUGAUCAGCUCAUGCAGUGCAAGCCCUUGUCUGAGCAAGAGGUAACUAUUUUGCUUCUGUAUUGGGUGGUAAAUGUUAAUGGGUUCGUUGAUUCUUGUUGUUUUGGUGGUAAUUUCUGGGUGUUGGUAUGGAUCUAGGAGGGAUUUGUUGGUUCUGGUGCGGGUUUGUUGGGGAUCUGUGAUUUUGUGCGUUUAUUAGAAUUCGGGCAUUUUCUGAUUGAUCUUGAGGCGGAUUCCUUUGUUCUCUCUAGUGGGUUUCUUUCGAACCCAGCAAGAGAGAGAAAUUGGAAGGGAAAAUGUCCAAAUCUGGUGUUGAGGGAGGGAUAGAGAGAGAAAGAAAAUGAAAGGAUGAAAUUGCA